CAAAAUAGUUGUCCCUAACAACCGAGGGAGUUAAUUCAGCACAAGGAAGCUUAGCUACCUAGCCAUCUGUCCAACUUCUUACUGCGAUGGGCCUGCAGGAAAGCAGAGGCAACAGCAGAGAGUGAGCUAGCUACUGCACACAUCAGGGCAGGCAGUGCUGUUCUCACCCACUGACAUGGAGGAACCACAGGAGGUGAUGGAGAUUCCAGCCAAGAAAGCUCGGCAUGACAUGGAUGCGAGCCAGGAGGAGAACCCAAGGAGUGACCCAGCCAUCUUGGGAUCAGAGGUCACCACUUACCCUCCAUCCUCUUCCACUCAUCUAGCUGCUGUUUCUGGAAGUGAAGAACUGUCAAAUCAAGAAAUAUCACAAAACAAGACCGGUGACGCAGACAGCUCCUAUACUAGUAAAGUGGUGACAUGCAAAGAGCUCUCUGCCACCCCCGAAUAUACCUCACACGUUUACCAAGGGGGCAGCCCUGCAGUUACUGCAUAUGGCAGCCAGGUGGCAUUCCAGUCUCUGGGCCAGUCUGCUGUGUACAGCACCUUCAGUCAGUCAGGGCAGAGCUAUGGCCUGCCUCCAUUCGGGUCCUGCUUCACCACGUCUAGCGUGUACACCAAUAUACCCACAGCACCUGCAGUCACCACGGCGACAGCUACAAUUACACAUCAGGACUUUUCGGGCUAUAACUCUUUGGGUCAGACGCAGUUCCCACAGUACUAUGUCCCUUCCCCCAGCUACACCCCAGUUGCCCCACCCAGCAGUGAGGAGGGUGGGGCCAGUGUGGGUGUACCGUCUUAUGCACCUGUCAAGACUGAAGGCAGUGCCCCUGAAGCCCCACCGAGCAUCGCAGUCACAUCUCCAGGUAGUGUGACGGGCGGGACCCUGCCUCCUGAUGCUGCCCCCCACACAACAGCCCAAGAACACGAAGAUCCCACCCCCAGACAUGCCCAGAGCCAUGCCCCCAGCAAAGCCAAAGGCAAGGGCAAGAAACCGGAUAGCUCUCCGUCUACUGACAACGACCUGGAGCGAAUCUUCUUGUGGGAUCUGGAUGAGACUAUCAUUGUCUUCCACUCACUCCUCACUGGGUCAUUUGCACAGAAGUUUGGCAAGGACCCAGCCACUGUCCUUAAUCUGGGUCUGCAGAUGGAGGAGCUGAUUUUUGAGCUAGCAGACACUCAUCUCUUCUUCAACGAUUUGGAGGAGUGUGAUCAGGUCCAUGUGGAGGAUGUAGCCUCUGAUGACAAUGGACAAGAUCUGAGCAACUACAACUUUUCGAGCGAUGGCUUCAGUGGGACGGGUGGGGCAGGCGGCCCUGGCUCCACCACCACUGGUGUGCAGGGAGGCGUGGAGUGGAUGCGCAAGCUGGCUUUCAGAUACCGCCGUCUACGAGAGAUCUACAUCAGUUACAAGAUGAACGUGGGAGCGCUACUGAGUCCCCUGAAGAGGGAGUUGUUGAUCCGGGUUCGCGCCGAGAUCGAGGCAGUGACCGACGGCUGGCUGAGCACCGCGAUUAAAUCACUGCGUCUUAUUCAGUCAAGGGGCAGGUGUAUGAACGUUCUGGUCACCACCACCCAGCUGGUCCCUGCUUUGGCUAAAGUUCUGCUCUAUGGUUUGGGUGACGUCUUCCCCGUCGACAGCAUCUACAGCGCCACCAAAAUUGGGAAGGAGAGCUGCUUUGAACGCAUCGUGUCUCGCUUUGGGAAGAAGGUGACAUACGUUGUUAUAGGUGACGGCCGGGAGGAGGAGUUUGCAGCUAAACAGCACAACAUGCCCUUCUGGAGAAUCUCUGCCCGCGGGGACCUAGUGUCCCUGCACCAAGCUCUUGAGCUGGACUUCUUAUAGAGCAGCAGGAGGAAGGACCCCCGACUCCCAGCGCAACACACCUACCACCUUCUGGGCCCCAGAAGCAAGCUCAAGUUCGGGAAGUCUGGUCCUGGAGAAGACCGGGAGCUGGCAGGAAGCUUCUGGUAUGUCUUGUCCUCCACUACCUCUAAGGCAGCUAAGAAGCCGGAACUGAGCCUGGCGCUGCUGACGGACCCGCGGAGAGCUCCAGAAACUCCGAGCCCCAUACUGCCAAAGGCUUGCUGGAGUUACCAUAGUUACCAUCGCCACCAGAAGUGGAUUUACCAAAGGAACAACCAAAGGUCUGCACUGGUAUGGAAGCUUUUAGGUGUUUUGGAGACUUUCUGCUCUAGUUUCGUGUUCUCUGUGAUUUUUGUAAAAAACAAAUUAAAAAAUUGCUUCAAAAGGCCUAAUCAUUAGACUUUGGUUUUGCGCUCAUUCCAAAGCUUAAGACGUGGAGGGCCGGCUCUGACGCCUGGACUGACUGUGUAUGCUGGAAGAAACGUUUCCUGUUAUCCAAACCUUUUAUGUGUUUACUUCAGUCUGGAAAUGACAUGUUUUUUUGUUUUGUUUUUCACCCUGUUCUGUAAUGGUCCUUGCAGGGCUCUGUACAGUUCAGCUCAGUGUCUUUGAAAUGUUCAUUAGUGCUUCAGUGUAUACCGGUGGGCCCACACAUUAUAAGCAGAUUAGUAACCUUUUUGGCCUGUGUGCUGUUCAGUAUAUUUUAAAUUCCACUGGAUGGCAAAACACUUUUUCAUUGGUUACUAUAUUAAGUUUUUUUCUUGUUGUUCUUGGUGUGUGUGUGUGUGUGUGUGUACCAUGGUGGAGAGUGUGUGUGUGUGUGUG